AUGGCCGUCGACCACACACCCUCCGACAAUGCACUGCUUUCAGCACCCUCGAAAGACCAACGUGAAACCCUCAAUCGCACGCCAUCGCACUACAAUCCCCUCACAACCUUCGACCUUCCAAAGGGCGAGCAACGACAUUACCAGCAGCAAUAUGCCGACAUGUACUACACCCGCCUGGCCAAACUCAAACCCGCCGUGGUGAAGGUCGCAGCAGACGCCUGGUCCGAACUCGACAUCGGCGGCGAAAGCCCCCGCCAAGUCGAACGAGUGCUGGAUGUGCGGCAGGGCGAUCUGUGCUGGGUGGUCGGGACGUGCUACAUGGAGAUGCCGUUGAAGCCGAAUGUGCUGGAUGACAUUGGCAAAGAGCACUGGAUCGCUGCUCCACCGCCACGAGUGAAAUAUGUGGAGGAUGAAGGGAAAGAACAGAUGAUGCUGGAAGACGAGAGUGGACGGCUACGGCUCACAGGAGGCGUAUUGAGCGAGGUACUGCUGGUAACAGGCGCCAUCAUCGCAGUAGUGGGCACCGAGAACAAGGACGGUGACUUCGAGGUCAUCGACAUCCGCGUCCCAGAUCUCCCAGAACAGCCCCAACGCUGGGAACGCGACGACGGCUACUCUGACCUCCCCAGAGACAAGAAACCUCCGCCCAAAUCUCAUCCCAAAGGCGGCAAAGUCGCCAUCGUCUCUGGCCUCAGCAUCAGCGGUGACGCUGGUGACACUCUAACGCUCGACCUACUGCUCGAAUACCUCCUGGGCGAGUCGACAGGCCCAGACGACCAAGCCGAAACAUCCACAAUCUCACACCUAAUCAUAGCCGGCAACUCCCUCUCCAACGCCUCCCCUAUCCCCUCACGCUCCGCCCUCGCAGCCGCCGCAGCCAAGAACCGCGGCGCAGCGAAGAAAUACGGCUACGACAGCAGCGCCUACAACGCCGCCCCCACCGACCGCCUCGACACCUUCCUCGCCAACCUCCUCCCCUCCAUCCCCGUCACCCUGUUACCAGGCGAGCACGACCCAACUUCCACCUCCCUCCCCCAGCCCCCAAUCCACGCAGCCAUGUUCCCGUAUUCCCGCGCCUACAUGCCGCACCCUUCUCAACCCACGAGCAACGAACCACACUACUUCCACCCCACCACCAACCCCUCAACCUUCGACUUAUCCGGCCACCGCUUCCUCGGCACCUCCGGCCAACCCCUCGACGACAUCUACCGCUACGUCCACGGCGAUUCGCGUCUGGAGAUGAUGGAAGCGAUGCUGCGCUGGCGGCUCGUCGCCCCCACGGCCCCGGAUACGCUAUGGUGCUAUCCGUUCCAGGACGGAGACGCGUUCGUGAUGGAGGAGUGUCCACACUUGUUUUUUGUGGGGAAUCAGCCGAAGUUCGAGACGGGGUUGGUGGAGGGGCCGGGGGGCGAGAGAGUGCGGGUGGUGGCUGUGCCUGGGUACAGGGAGACGGGGGAGGUGGUGGUGGUGGAUUUGGAGAGUGACGAGUUGGGGGUUGAGGUGGUGAGGGUGGAGGUGUUUGAGGGCGGCGGCGGGAGGAACGAGGAGAUGAUCGAGAGGGCUCGUCGAAGAUACAGCAUGGGAGAGCCGCUUCUGCUUCUGCUUCUCGAGGUGGUAGCAGGAGACAUUCCUCACCUCCAUCACGAUUCCCAGACGACGACGCCUGCGAACGCACACCAACAGACCCUGUCCAACGUCGCUGGAGAAGGCGGCGGGGCAGAGAAGGCCGCUGCUAAAGCGGUCUACACAAUUCAGCACUGGCAAUCCUAG